AUGGCCGUCCUAAACGGCUCGGUCAUCGUGGCGAUGUGGCGUGGACGACAAAUGCGUCAAAUGCUCACCCGACAGGCUCGUUUAGCGCUUCCCUUCUCAUUUAUGACUAGUCGGGCGUACUUCUUCAAAAAAAAAGAAAAAACAAAUGUCAUUAGCUCCUUCACAACUCAGCAACAACGCGAACAGUCUACCACUGUGAUGUUGCUGAUAGUGACGAUUGUCUUCGCCCUUUGUAACACCUUACCGUUUCUUCUGAACGUUGUCGAAAGCGUUUUUCCAGAUUUUUUUGUCGAUCCACGAACCGCAAACAUUGCCUUCACACUCAACGAUCUCUCGAACCUCCUCGUAGUGCUGAAUUCGGCCACAACGUUCAUCGUCUACUUCAUAUUCUCAGAAAAAUAUCGGCAAACGCUCUUCUUCAUUAUCAAGAACGGUUGUUCUGCGUCGAUUUCUGAUUACAACAAUUACACGGCGAUGUCUAGGACAGCUUCCAUGCGAGUGGACAGCGGUUGUGAUAUUCAGAGAGGUGGUAGCAAGCAGAGCAGCGUCAGCAGGUAA